CAGCUUGGAGCCGCUGAACAAGAGGGACUGUCCAGCUUCCAGAUGCUAGGCCUCCCAUGGAACAUGACACUCGCGGGCUGGAUCACCUGUGCUGCAGUGGCUGUAUUGCUGCUGCUGCUGCUGCUGGCUACCUGUCUUUUCCAUGGACCACGGGACCAUGACGUGGAGAGGAAUCGCCCAGCCACAGGGAGAAACCAAGUCCGGCAAGCCCAGCCUCGGUUCUUUCAGGGCCGGGGUCCCCUAAGAACCUUUCAUUAUCCCUAUCACCUGCGUCAUGUGCCUCGUGUGCCUAGAGCAGACCUCCAUCACCACCAACCCCACCUGCAGCAUCCCAAUCUCCUCCACCACCACCAACAUCACCAUCACCAUCACCAUGCUCAUGGAGCCCGCCGCUGAUACCUGUGGAUGAUGGCUGCCCCUGUUCUGCCUGCUAUCCAUCACUCAGACAAGUGAACCCCGAUGGAGUUUGUGGAGAUAAGUGUGUUUCUGGGGAGAAUGAUGGAUAUUGGGCCUUGGUCAGACUGAUCAUUUGUAGACUAUACCACCCUACUACAAAACAGAGAACUGAGACCACCUGGGGUGACCCUGUGAACACUGUAGGGUUCAGAAGUGGGGAACAGGGUUGCCUGGACAUCCUAUCUUGUGACUAUAGCUCUUGGUGACUCCAUAGAUAACAAGCAUGUCUGGCAGAGCCAGCACAGAGGCCUCUGGCAGGUGGGAAGGUGAGAGACUUGGAGAAUGCCUUUCUGGUAUAGAGAAGGCAGAAUGGGGCUGCACAGUCCAAUCACUGGUGCGUUGCUACAAGACAUUCAAGACAUCAUGAAGGUUUUGUGGAAAGCCUCCUGAAUUCAGCAGGUGGGAGAGCAGGAGCCACCAGAUCUGUGUGUGCAUUGUCCUGUGAUGUCCUUCUGGGAGGGCAACCUGUCUAACGGGUACUUGGAAAUAGCUUUUGCCAAAAGCACUGACUCAUCACUUGGGCCUGCAGAUGUCAAAAGGGUAAGGAAAAGCAGGAUAAAAACUUGGAAUCCCUGCCGGGCGCUGGUGGCUCUCACCUGUAAUCCUAGCUACUCAGGAGGCUGAGAUCUGAGGAUCGCAGU